GUGAACGACGCACGCGCGCGCUUUCGGUUGCCUGGCUUUUGGAGAAGCGUGGGAAGAAGCGCCGGUUCGAGAUCUCCUUGUGAGGGAUCCGGGCAGCAGAGGUGAUGGCGCAGGUCCUGAACCUCAACAAUGAGGUUGUGAAAAUGAGAAGAGAAGUGAAGAAGGCCAGAGUUUUAACAAUUCGCAAGCUAACUCGACACAUUGCAAAACUGAAGGCAAAAAAGGGUACUGAAGAUGCAGUACUGAAAAAUCAUAAACGUGCACAGAGGUUACUAGAAGAAAUUCAUGCUAUGAAGGAAAUAAAAAUUGAUCAAGUUACCAAACUAGCCCUUGGUGGAGAAAUUAAUUUUGAGCUUGUCUGCAAAAAGCCUGAUUCUACAGCAACAGACAGAGCAAUUGCUAGACUGACAACUCACCCACAGCUGAAGACAAAAAUUGCUGAUAUUAAAGCUGCUGUAAAAGCCUUCAAAGAUUUAAGACAGAAGCCAGCUAGAGCUGUUUCUUUGGAAGAGUAUAAAUCGGAAGAACAGCUUACCAAACAACCUGAGGUGACCCAGCAUUCCAGUAGCAGUGAAUGUAGCCAAAUGUUUAAACAAGGCAAAACAGAGGUGAGAGAGAAGUCAGACACUGACAAGGGAAAGAAGCAAAUUUGUAAGAAAGAGAAGCAGAAACCUGUGGACAGUGGAAAAAAAUGGGCCUCAGUUGAUUCUACAUUGGAAGCUUUCAAGCAUCAUAAAUUAGUUCCUAAGAGUCAACUGGAAAUGACAGUAUGUCCAGAAAGAAAGAAAUGUCUAGGUGAUCUCCUUAAUGGGUCAAAAGAUGAAUCGGAUAGUGAUGCAAGUAACACUGAAGAAGAUGCAGGAGAGGAGUACUUUGAUGAUAGCACUGAAGAGAGAUUCUAUAAUCAGUCUUCUGGCUCUGAUGAAAGUGAUGAUAAUGAUGAUUUCUUCAUUGGCAAAGUAAAGAGGAUGAAAAAGAGAGGAACAGCGGAUCUUUCAUCACUUGCCAAAGAUAAAGUCAAGAGCAUGGUGGUAAAAAAAGCAAAAGGUUCACAAUCUGACACAGUGCAAGAUCCAGAAAUACAAGGCAACUGUCCAAAUGCAAAAGUCAGGAAGCUAGAAUCUGUAUUUUACACUUCAUUGUCCAACUCUAAACAGAAAUCCAAGAACGUAAAAAGAACUCCUAGAGACCAUCUUUCCAAAAACAAAAUGAUGGUUUUUGAAAGAAAAUGCCCAGAGAAACAGUUGCCCAAACGUGGAGGUAUAAAGCAAGAUCUUAAGGGAGGACAGCUGGCACAACCCCUUCAUCCUUCAUGGGAAGCAAGCAGGAAGCGUCGAGAGCAGACUUCUCAGAUCACAGCAUUCCAAGGAAAGAAGAUUAUAUUUGAAGACUAAUUUUUUUCUUGUAAGUCCAAACUGCUGUACCUAUAACAUAGCUCAGAGAAAGGAACUUUGCCUGCCCAAGGCCACUUCUGAAGAUCAAGAGACCCUUGUGAUCAGCGUCGGAAGUGUUAGAAGCCAAGAGCUUGCCGAAGAAAGGAAAAUCCCCAAUUUUUGCAAAGGGUUUUCAAAGGAGAAUGAGGCUACGUGUGGAAAAGGAGUCAGCAACAUUACUUUCACAAGCUCUGUUCUCUUUGCUGUAGUUAAUAUCCAAAUUAUGUAAGAUAUUUUUAUGUGGUAAUUUUCAUUUUUCUAACUUUGUUGUAUAAAGUCAGUACUAAUUGUGAAGUCACUGGGUUGGUUCCGGCAGCCUGUGCUAACUGUUAAGGAUCUUCCCCACUUUGCUCUCUUCCCAGCAGCCCUUUCUGACCCCACGAUAGUUUGUUUCCUGGGUUCAUGGAAUCCAUGUGGAUGAAUAGCCAUGUGGGUUAAGAGGUUGCAGUGGAGAGGGUGCAAAGAGACGAAAUUUCCCAUGUUGCCUCUUUCCCCCUUCUCAUUGCAGCCCACUGACGCACAUGGUUCCCACAGUCCCAGGAACAAACUUUUUUGGAGUCAGAAAUGGCUGUUGGGGGGAGGGGAAAAGAUCAGUAAUCCUAGUUUUGGAUCCAACCCAGUAGCUGUAAGAGGCUUUCUUUUUUUAAUAGUUCUCUUGGCACAUGUCUCUCAGCAGGUCUGUUUUUAAAUGACUUAAAUGGAUAUUGCAUGAAAAGUGACAUGUUUGUUUCUUGGGUGCCGGUCUUUGGAAAUCUUAUUGACAGAUGUCGAUGUAUAUAUAUACACUUUUUGUACUUAAGGCCUUGUACCUUCUGAUUUUUCUAAAAUGUCAUUCUUCAUACGUAUCUUUAAAUUAAGGCAGUAAUUGGCUUCCCAACAGGUGAAUAAAUUCUUACAU